CGUAUCGCUCAGCGCACACAGCUGUGCACAGCGCCGAGGAGGGACAGAGAGCUCUAUCUUGAGGUGCAGCAACGAGCAGCAUCGCUCUCGGCACGCAGCUAGAGCCCUGCGGCACCAGUGCCUCAGCUUGCAGCCCAGGGCUGGCCCGAGCGCAUCGCUGCAACGCUUCGUCAGCAAUCAUGCUCGACGAUCUUGAAAAAGAGACGAGAAGCACCGACCAGACCCUCGACCACCCUAGAGUGCUACUAUUAAGGACGCAGGUCGCCACCGACUCCGCGCCCUGGCUGCCGACGGAGUUAUACUUGACACAAGUGAAACGCGGCCGCUGGGGCGCGAACAAAGAACCGGCGAACCCGGUGCCGCCCCUCUUCGCCGAGGCGGCGGGCCACGCCUGCGCCGUGUGUGCGCGGAGCGCGUUGAUUGGGGCGUCGAUUUCGCGGUGCGGCCGCUGCAAAGUCGUACGGUACUGUUCGUCGCAAUGCGCCAAGGCGCACUGGCCGGUGCACAAGGCCGUGUGCCAGGAGCUCGCGAAUACGGCUGUGCCUGCUUGUAAAGAGGACUACGACAUACAGCUCUCGCCGGCGGCUUCUUACUUUUAUCGGAGGCGUGCGAGGUGCACCAUCUGCCAGGACGCGUCCUCGAAACUGAGCCUGUGCAAGCGCUGUUUUGGUGCUGCCUACUGCGCGAAGUGCGUCACGACCCACCCGAAGGAGCACUGCGACGCGUCGAUCCUCGAGCAGUGCUGCCUCGGUCUGAUAAGCGACAUGGGCGCGCCGCUGUCCAUCCCCUCGCGGACGCCGUUCCCCUCCACCAAGCCGGAUGGCUGGAAGGCCUACUUCGAGGCGAAGAUGUUCGACUUCGAGGUCGAUGCUGGGUUACUGGCUUUAGGUCCGCCGUGCGCGAUGCUGACGGAGGCGCUUAGUUUACCAAUCAUCAUAGCGGAGCAUCUGCCACGACAGGCGUCCUUCGUCCAUGUUAUUGGUGCGGCGCCCGCGGACCUUGUUGGCGUGAGGCGGUUCCGCGAGGUGUUCCGGUGGCGGCCCGACUUGUCGAGGCUGGCGGUCUGCAUGGUCGGGCCCCUUUUGAGGCAGGUGACGGAGAAGCAGCCGCCGGAGGAUGGCUGCGAUAAGUUAUUGGUGCUCGAGGCGCGCGGCGGGCCCUACGCUGAAGUGGAUUUGCCGCCUCCGGACCUCGUCGUUCUUUAUGAUAUGGACGCGGCCGCGGUCGCGCUGCAGCGCGGUAAACCGGUGGUCGCGUUGGCGUCCACGAAGGACGACGCGGACGCGAUGCACGCGGCCCUAUCCCGCCAAACGGACCGGCCGGUGGCGCCGCCGCGCGAGAACCCGUUCCGCGGCCUGCGGCCGCGGCGCGCCGCCGCGCCGGCGGCGGGGUACGUCUACGCGAAUCACUGGGUCGUCGUCGCGGGAGGCGCGUAA